AUGGGAAAAGUAUCGAUUGAAGCACAGGCCGGCGAACGCGAGCGAGCAGGGAUGGGAAAACAACCGGUGAGAAUGAAGGCGGUGGUGUACGCACUAUCGCCGUUCCAACAGAAGGUGAUGCCUGGUCUAUGGAAAGAUCUGGUUGGUAAGAUCAACCACAAGGUCUCCGAGAACUGGCUCAGCGCCACCCUCCUCCUUACUCCUGUCAUUGGCACCUACACCUAUGUCCAGCAAUACCAGAAAGAGGAGAAGUUGGCGCACAGAUACUGAAGUCAUCCGUGAAGUUGCACUUUCCAAUUCUGCUGGGGAUUUUAUAUUUUUCUCUUCUUGUACCAGCAAAUAAGCUGAAAUUAUGUGAUCGACUGCAACUGCAGUUAUUUAGACUUGGCAACUUUAUUGUCUAUUGGCAGAUAUCAGUUACUGCAACUUUUAUUUUUGGUUUCUAGUUGGGGUUUUGAAACAUUUGUGGGUCUGUGGAGUGUUUUAAUGAAUUUUCAGCCAGAAAGUUUGUAAAAAUAAUUGCAUGCUUAAUUUAGCGUGGUUGAAGCGUGGAAGGUCCAUGAAUAGUUGAGGCCACCACCACCCUUCCACCUUCUUUUGCCUUGUAGUUUGUGGCUCUGCCAUGGACUUUGU